AUACAACAGAUAAAUGUUUGAAAGAGGGUUUAACUAAACCCCAAGCUUGAUUUCACCUUCUUCUCUGGUUUCCCUCUUAUCCCCAAAACUCGGAGCUCGCAGUUAAAAACGACGUCGUAGCAUGAUUUCUCUCACGCACUCGCUUCAAAUUUCCAGUUUCCCGAUAAAAUCCCCAAUUUCAAAUACAAAUUGCGCCGCCCACCGCUGCGGCGGCCGAGUUUUCCUCCGCCGCACCAACGGCAACAAGUGUAGAUACAAAGGCAAAUGCUUCGCCGCCGAGCAGCCGCAAUCGCAGCCGGAAGUUUCCCAACAGAAAUCCAAGCGGCCGCGUAAGAAGACACCGGAAAUUGAUAAAAAAAAAAAUGCCGUCGACCCCGUGGGGUUCCUCACCAAACACGAAAUCAACAAUAAAGCCUUCAACCAUUUCCUUCGUGAGAGGUAUAAAGCAUUGAAGGAUUUGAAGGAAGAACUUUCGAAUCGCCACUAUGAAGUUCAGGACCUGGCUUCUGGGUACGAAAUACUGGGUAUGCAUCGGAAUGUGCAGCACCGUGUGGAUUUCAUGGACUGGGCUCCAGGUGCUCGAUAUUGUGCUCUGGUGGGGGAUUUUAAUCGCUGGUCACCUACCGAAAAUUCUGCAAGGGAGGGUAAUUUAGGGCACGAUGAUUACGGAUACUGGUUUAUAAUUCUGGAAGAUAAACUAAGGGAAGGAGAAGAGCCAGAUCAAGUGUACUUCCAACAGUACAAUUACGUAGACGAAUACGACAAAGGCGACAGCGGUGUCACAGUCGAGGAAAUUUUCAAGAAAGCGAACGACGAGUACUGGGAGCCGGGCGAAGACCGAUUUACCAAAUCGCCCUACGAGCUGGCAUCCAAAUUGUACGAGCAGAUAUUCGGGCCAAACGGGCCCCAGACGGAAGAGGAAAUGGAAGAGAUAUUAGAUCCACAGACGAGAUACAAUGAGUGGAGAGAGAAGCACAAAGAUGAUCCGCCGAGCAAUUUACCGCCUUGUGAUGUGAUUAUUGAUGAUGGAACGGAAGAUGAGGAAUUCGAUGUUGUGACUGAUCCUGCUUGGAAGGCUAAAUUCAAGGCGAAGCAGGCGCCUAUUGCUUAUUGGUUGGAGACUCGUAAAGGAAGGAAAGCGUGGCUGGAAAAGUAUUUACCUGGAAUCCCGCAUGGAAGUAAGUACAGGGUUUACUUCAAUACUCCGAUGGGGCCUUUAGAGCGAGUUCCUGCUUGGGCUACUUACGUAAUUCCAGAAGCCGAUGGCAAUCAAUCAUUUGCUGUUCACUGGGAACCAACUCCUGAAAUUGCCCACAAAUGGAGACAUAAGCAUCCACCAAAGCCGAAAUCUCUGCGAAUAUACGAAUGUCAUGUUGGGAUAAGUGGAAUGGAUCCUAGAAUUGCUACUUUCAACGAGUUCACUGACAAUGUCCUAGCACAUGUAAAGAAAGCAGGAUACAAUGCAAUCCAAUUGUUUGGAGUUGUUGAGCACAAGGACUAUUUCACUGCUGGUUAUAGAGUGACGAAUUUCUUUGCUGUUAGCAGCCGUUUCGGUACACCUGAAGACUUCAAGCGAUUGGUGGAUGAAGCACAUGGACUUGGGUUGCUUGUCUUCUUAGAUAUUGUACAUUCUUAUGCUGCACCUGACGAAAUGGUUGGCUUAUCAUCUUUUGAUGGAUUGAAUGAUUGCUACUUCCAUUCUGGUAAAAGAGGUCAACACAAAUUUUGGGGCACGCGAAUGUUCAAAUAUGAGGAUCAUGAAGUGUUGCAUUUCCUUCUUUCAAAUUUGAAUUGGUGGAUAACGGAGUACCAGGUUGAUGGCUUCUAUUUUCAUUCUCUUCCAUCAAUGAUGUAUACACACAACGGAUUUGCUACUUUUACCGGUGAUGUAGAGGAGUACUGUAAUCAAUAUGUCGACAGGGAUGCUAUGCUGUAUCUCAUAUUCGCAAAUGAGAUGUUGCAUUUUCUUCAUCCUAAUAUAAUCACAAUCGCUGAAGAUGCCACACUUUAUCCAGGACUUUGCGAACCAACUUCUCAAGGUGGAUUGGGAUUUGAUUACUAUGCUAAUAUCUCUGCAUCAGAGUUGUGGUUGUCGUUCCUUGAGAAUGUUCCGGAACAUGAGUGGAGCAUGAGUAAGCUUGUGAGCACAUUGGUUGGAAACAAAUACAGUGCUGCUAAGAUGCUUCUGUAUGCUGAAAAUCACAACCAGUCCAUUUCAGGGGGGCGGUCAUUUGCGGAAAUACUCUUUGGUUCGGCUAAAACCGACGAGGCUUUGCUUAGAGGUUGUUCAUUGCAUAAGAUGAUCAGAUUAAUCACAUUUACAAUUGGUGGUCCAGCAUACCUCAAUUUCAUGGGGAAUGAAUUUGGGCACCCAAAGAAAGUGGAGUUCCCAAUGUCAAGCAACAAAUUUUCCUAUUCACUUGCUAAUCGCAAAUGGGAUCUUUUGGAGGACAGUUUUCACAAGAAAUUGUUCACUUUCGACAAUGAUAUGAUGAAACUGGAUAUAGAUGGAAAAAUAAUGCAAAGAGGUUCAGGAGGCAUUCCCAAUGUUCACCAUGUUAAAGAUAAAGAAAUGGUGAUAUCUUAUUUACGAGGUCCUUUUGUAUUUGUCUUCAACUUCCAUCCCACCAAUUCGUAUGAAAGAUACAGCCUAGGUGUUGAAGAAGCUGGAGAGUACCAAAUUGUGCUGAAUACCGAUGAAGAAAUUUACGGUGGUCAAGGAUUAAUUUCUCAGGACCAAUAUACUCAGAGAACCAUUAGCAGAAGAACCGAUGGUAUGAGAGUUUGCCUGGAAGUACCACUCCCAAGUAGAACGGCUCAGGUCUACAAGUUAACUCGGAUUCGUAGAGCAUAACUCAAACAAGAAGUAUAAAAUCUGCGGUCAUUCACACUAGCCACUACAUCAAGAACUCUACUGUAAAUAUGGAGUUUUACUAUUUCCAGAGUUGAGCUAAAAAUGCGUAGGGCCUGUGUUUAUUUAUAUACACAUGGAAUUAUGAUGAGUAGUAAGUAUAGUCAUAAUAUAGAAGAGUUCCAUCUAACUAGUAUCCAAAUCCAAGUUUUGCAUUUGGGUCUUGUUGUAUUUUAAUGAUGGAUCUUGAAUGUAUACAUGGUUAGCUGAUGCCGUCAACAAUAAAUUGACUCGAAUCACCUCAA